AACACACACAUGCACACACACACACACACACACACACACAGAGACAGCCAAACAAACAGAGGCGUGUUCUAUUACCGAAACCACAAGGAAAGCAUUAUCUGCAACAGGUUGGGAGUCCUGCUUCUCGGUGCGCACCGCUCGCCAGCAAACCAGCUCAGUAACUUUCCAGCCUCGCACUCCGGAAGGUUAUCCCCCCUCCAGCUCUCCCCGAAGCUCCCGUCCACCAGCCCCCCCGCCCCGGCUCUGGACAGCGAUGGGUUUCGGCCGCACAGACGGGAUCAGCUGCUUGACGUUCUCGCUGCUGCUGUCAGGUGUCUCCCUCGCCGACAUUUUGGUGGAGCCUCAGACGCGGGCAGUGUUGGGUAGCCCGGUGACCCUCCUGUGCCGCUUUGUGGGCAUGGGUCAGGUGACCCAGGUGACCUGGCUCAAGCUGACUGAGCUGGGACCCGAGGUGGUGGCCGUUUGGAGCCUGGAGCACGGCAUCAGCACCCACCCCUUCUAUGGCUCGCGGGCGCACUUCCGGGAGCCUGGAUCCAACCCUGACGCCUCCCUGGUCAUCCGGGAGGCAGCUCUGACCGACGGCGGGAAAUUCCGAUGCACCAUCGUCACCUUCCCGGCCGGAAACUUUGAGAAGGACACCUGGCUGACAGUCCUGGUGCCUCCACAGGUCUCCAUUGUGCCUGGACCACGUGCCCUGUUGGAGGGUGAUAGAGAGGCCCUGGCAGCGACCUGCAUAGCCACUGGGAGCACCCCAAAAACGGCGCUCCUCUGGGAAAGCCAGGUACCAGGCAGGCAGGAGGAAUCAGCGACACAGAACGCCAAUGGGACUGUGACAGUCAGCAGCAGCUUCUACCUGGACCCAGUCCGAGCCAUGCAAGGGCACACACUCUCCUGCCUGGUCAACCAUUCCACAUUUACCAGGCCCGUUCGCUUGGACUACACUCUCAAUAUUUACUAUGUGCCAGAGGUGUCUGUUAAGAAAUCCUCAGAGAACUGGCACUUGGGGAUGGAUAAUGCAGAGCUCAGCUGUCAAGAGAAUGGAAAUCCUCCGGCUAAUGGUUUUGUAUGGAAAAGGUUGGGAAGCCCAUUACCCAAUAACAGUGUCACCGAGGGGAACAAACUCCUGUUUCGAAGCCCACUUUCUGCUGAAGAUUCAGGGACAUACAUUUGUGAAGUGACUAAUAAGAUUGGCAGUCGGACCGGACAGACUGAUGUUAAAAUAAUUGACACCAACGUGCCCAGUGUCAAUAUGCUGUCCAUGGCGUUCGUGGCCAUUGGAGCUGUUGGUGUGUUACUGCUGCUCAUUCUGGUCAUUUCCAUCGUCGCUGUCAAUCGCUACCACAAGAACAAGACAGAGCAGAUGGCGUUCAAGCUGGAAGAGAUCUCGACAAUGUCUCGCCAACCCUCCAUCCGUCGCUGUAACUCCAUGUCAGCCUCCGUGGAUGCCAGAAUUCAAGAUGGAGAGGGAAGUCGGGAGAAUGUGCUGGAGCAGGAGCCGAUGCUACAGGAGGGCCUGGCGACGGUGACGCAGCAGCAGCUCAGGAACAGCUCACGGGAUCUACCCCCAGGCAACGGAGAGGGAACAUUCCCUCUCUCCGCAUUCGGCAACCAUCGCUACAGUUUGAGGUCGACAACCAGUGAGACGGCCCAUGUUCCGUCGGUGUACCAGUUCGGGGCCUUCCGCCACAGCAUGAACAGUGGCCUGAGGUACAACGGCAGAGAGAGGGUGCUUGGGCCUGGUUCAAGGACUCUUCCUCCGCCAAUUCCCCUGAGCAACCACAGGGACAGCACCGGUGAAAUGUCAUUGACACCAGAACAGGUGGAGAUAUUGACCAGCAGGAACUUGACCCCCUCUCCCUCAGUGCCAGACUCUCAGACAGAGGAUGAGGAUGAGGUGACAGACAGGCAGCAGUCUAUCCAUGCAGCCAUGGGUCAUUUUUACUCACACAACGGCACCCUGCGAGCCAAACCUACUGGAAAUGGAAUCUACAUCGCCAGAAGGGAACACUGCGUCUGAACUCCCAAGAGACUUUCCAUUCAAAGCAAGAUUGAUUCACUUCCAUUUACACACUGUGUGUUACUGUAUCUGUACAGGAGCUGAGACACACACACACACACACACACACACAGACUGUACUGUAACAGACAGGAGUGAUGACUCUGUUUUACUCACUUUUCUUGUAUUUCUCAUCUAAAGAUGUUCCUCGGUGAUAUCAUCUGAAAGUACACCUCAUUUGCUACAAUUUGUUGCUGACACCCAGCUCUCGCUGUUGCUCCCACUUCCUCAUCUCCUUUGUGGACCAAUCAGAUUCCUUGGGCUGGGUGAACAAAAAUUCCCUUCAAUUUAAUGUUGGGAAAACUAACGUAUUUAUCUUUGCAGCCGUUUCCAUGGUAACUCCAAACCGUAACCAAACUUGGUCUCUGAGCUAAUGGGAACUGCAGAUGCUGGAGAAUUCCAAGAUAAUAAAAU